AUGGUGAUGACCCGGGCUGGCACUGGAUCCUUGUUGGCGCUAGAAUUCCGAUCAGGAAACGAGAGCCGCGACAUGAGUGGUCCGUUGCCGCGCAGCUGGGAAACAAAGAGCAUGCUGACGGCGGAACUGGCGUCUGAUCGAGGCGCGUGCGGUUCGUCGCGGAGGCUAGUUGGUUGGUCGGUGGCUGAGCUGGCUGCCAAAGACUCCGCCCCCGAUGCUGAGAUGAACGCUGACUGCGCCUAA